UGAGGUUCAAAUUGGCGCCAAUUUUCCCUCGCUGUGCUCUUCCCGCAACAGUUUGUUGUAUUUGUGUUUGGUGUUUCUCAUUGAGCGUUUACAUAUUAUAAGUUUCAUCUACAAUCCAAAAUGGCAAGAAGAGAUUAUGAUAAAGACAAAGAGUCUCUCAAAACUUUUUUCAUGGAGUUCUGCGUCCAAGACGAGGACGGUACCAAGAACUUCAAAUAUUCCAAUCAACUUACAAAACUCGCACACAGAGAACAAGUUGCUCUGUAUGUUGAAUUAGAUGAUGUGAAUGAAUUUGAUGAUGAUCUGGCUGAUGCUAUUAUACAAAACACCAGGCGGUACACCAACAUUGCUUCUGAUGUGGUGUAUGAAAUUCUACCCACCUUCGUACAAAAGGAUGUUGUAGCCAAAGAUGCUCUGGAUGUUUACAUUGAACACAGAUUAAUGAUGGAACAAAGGUUGAGACAGACCAAUGAACAAAGGGACCCCAGAAACAAAUUCCCACAAGAACUCAUGAGGAGAUUUGAAAUCUACUUCAAAGACAUGUCCACAAGUAAAACAGUACCAAUUCGUGAAGUAAAGGCUGAACACAUCGGCAAAUUGGUGACCGUCAGGGGCAUAGUGACCCGCAGCACUGAAGUCAAACCGAUGAUGAGCGUCGCCACCUAUACGUGCGACCAAUGCGGCGCCGAAACCUACCAGCCCAUCAAUUCCCUCAGCUUCAUGCCCAUCGUGACGUGUCCCAGUGACGACUGUCGCGUCAAUAAAUCCGGGGGCAGACUGUACUUGCAGACCCGCGGAUCCAAAUUCGUCAAGUUCCAAGAAGUUAAAAUCCAGGAGCACAGUGAUCAAGUUCCGGUGGGACACAUUCCGAGGACGUUGACGGUCUUCUGUCGAGGCGAAAAUACGAGAUUUGCGUUGCCUGGAGAUCACAUCGCCGUGACUGGUAUAUUUUUACCGUUGAUCAGACAAGGUUUCCAACAAAUUGCUGGUGGGCUUCUAUCUGAAACUUACCUGGAGGCGCACAGGGUGAUAUCACUGAACAAAACAACCGAGGAUGAGAGUAUGUCCAAGCAGCUUACACCAGAAGAACUGGCCGUACUCGCCGAAGACGACUUCUACACCAGACUAGCAACGUCCCUGGCUCCUGAGAUUUACGGCCACGUCGAUGUGAAGAAAGCUCUGCUACUUCUACUGGUGGGUGGUGUCGACAGACGCCCCGACGGCAUGAAAAUCCGUGGCAACAUUAAUAUUUGUCUUAUGGGAGAUCCUGGUGUUGCCAAGUCCCAACUUUUGGGCUACAUCGAUCGUCUGGCACCCAGGUCACAGUACACAACUGGCAGGGGUUCUUCCGGAGUCGGUUUAACCGCUGCGGUUAUGAAGGACCCACUUACCGGCGAAAUGAUGCUGGAGGGUGGCGCCUUAGUUUUGGCUGAUCAGGGCGUCUGCUGCAUUGACGAGUUCGAUAAAAUGGCUGAUGCUGACAGGACGGCCAUUCACGAGGUGAUGGAACAACAAACCAUCAGUAUUGCAAAGGCGGGAAUAAUGACUUGUUUGAACGCAAGAGUGUCAAUUUUGGCUGCCGCCAAUCCGGCUUACGGUCGCUACAACCCCAAAAGGACCAUAGAACAAAACAUUCAACUUCCCGCAGCUCUUUUGUCUCGUUUCGACUUGCUGUGGCUCAUUCAAGACAAGGCUGACAGAGACAAUGAUCUUAGACUUGCCAAGCAUAUUACUUAUGUGCACCAGCACUGCAAACAACCACCCACUCAAAGCAACCCAUUGGACAUGUCAGUUAUGGCUAAGUACAUAGCUUUGUGCAAGAAAAGAGACCCAAUCAUUCCAGAAGAUUUAACCGACUACAUCGUCAAUGCCUACGUUGAAUUAAGGAAGGAGGCACGUAAUUCUACCGACAUGACGUUCACUUCAGCCAGAAACUUACUGGGAAUUUUACGUCUUUCCACCGCCCUGGCGAGACUUCGUCUCUCCAACACCGUGGACAAAAACGACGUGAACGAAGCCAUCCGUCUGAUGGAAAUGAGCAAAGACUCGCUCAACCAGAGGUUCGAGAACGCCGGCGUCAGACCGCCAAGCGUACAAGAUAAAAUCUUCGCCCUUAUCAGAGAAUUGGCGGGAGACAGUAAGACUGUUAAGAUUGCUGAUGUUAUCGAGAAGUGCGCCAGUAAAGGCUACAAUCCGGAUCAAGUUGAUUCUUGCAUUGAGGAAUAUGAAGAGUUGAAUGUCUGGCAAGUGAAUCAGACUAGAUCCAAGCUUACGUUUAUUUAAGUUGUGUGUCAUUUUUUAUUUGUUUUUACAUCACUGCAUGUUUUCAUUGUCAAUAAAAUCAUCCCCUUUUUUAUAAAA